AUGGCGGCGGUGCCCACGGCCUCUUUGCAUGGCGAGUGCACCACGGCCGUGAGGCUGCCGCGGUCGCCGCCGCUCAAGAUUCUGGCGGAGCAGCUGCGGCGCCACGCGGAGGGCGGCCCGGGCGCGUGGCGGCUGUCGCGGGCGGCGGCGGGCCGCGGGCCGCUGGAGCUGACGGCCGUGUGGAUGCAGGGCACGGUGCUGGCGGCGAGCGGCGGCGAGGCGCGGCUGCGGGACCCGAGCGGGGCCUUCUCGGUUUGCGGCUUGGAGCGGGUGCCGCGCGGGCGGCCCUGCCUUGUCCCAGGAAAGUAUGUGAUGGUGAUGGGAGUGGUUCAGGCCUGCAACCCAGAGCCAUGCCUGCAGGCUGUGAAGAUGACAGAUCUUUCUGAUAAUCCCCUCCAUGAAAGCAUGUGGGAGCUGGAAGUGGAAGAUUUACACAGGAAUAUUCCUUAGAGGAUGAUGGAACCGUCGAUAAAAACAACCAAAAUUCAGAAACAACUUAGGUUCUUAUACCAUAUGGAUUUCAUGGACAUCACUCAAUAUGUAUUUCUCAAAAGUUUAUCAGAGAGCUUUGCUCUGAGGAGUCUGGAUGUAGGAUUUCUAAAUGCUGGGACACUCCAGUGAACUCAGCCCCUGCUGCCCCUUGCUUUGACUGUUUGCUGAUGAAAAGCAGAUGUUUUGUUCUCUUUCUCUUUUUCUCUCCUUUUUUUAUUUAUGUGUGUUAAUUCUCUCUCUCUAAAGCACACAGAAAUCUCAUGUUGCAUUUUCCAAGUUUUACAAGUGAUGAUACUUUUUCCAUUACCACUGCAACCCUACUUUACGAGGCAGAAUUUGAACCUCAGUCAUUGUCCACAGAGAGUAAAGUGUGUGGUUAUAGGCAGGAAAAGAGGCUGCAUAAAAAAGGAAUGACCUCAUGGCUCCGCAGUCUUCUCCAUCAACAGCUUCCGUAUCCAGUUUGCUAGUCAAACGGCAUUUUCUAACUGCAGGCACUGGGGCCUCUCAAAGACACAGCCCUCUUUCUGCUUCAGAUGCCACUCAGCCCUAAAUGUGUAAGGUCCAUUCCCUGCAGAUGUGGACGAUGAUGGCUGCCCUCCUUCCUUCACUUAGGGCUGUUGAAACACUUUCAGAAUUUCUUGUUGAAACUAAAAAUCAAGACUAAGAACAACUUCCAGGCAUGAACUAAACUUCUGCCUCAUAACUUUUGGGGAGACACUGCGAGGAGGCAGCCUCCUGGUUAGAGUCUUUACGUUGUUUUUGGUAGGGAAUGUCCUUUUGUUGUGAUUGUGUUCAGUGUUGGGUGGCUGCUCUUCACUUCUUACACAACCUUCACUUGGCCUUAGACUGUAAAUAUCAAGGGGGUCAGGUUAUGUUCCUCAUUGCUAUGGAGUUUUGCUGGAUUAUUUAUCUCUACCACUAGGAAAUUGUUUUCUAUGCCGUAUUUUUUAAAAU